AUGGAUGUUAAAAUAGAUCGAAGUGGUGUUUCCACCACGGAAUUCCAAGAUAUUCCCGGGCCGGGGAAGGGUUACUCGGUGCCCGGAUCCGCCUGCCUGCCUGCACGCGUCGGUGUGGACAGGAGCCGGGCGGGCGGUGGGAGGGCGGCUGGGCGGGAGGCGGCCGGGUUACGCCGCCAAUGCGGGAUCGGGACCCUGGCCUCCCCAAAGUCCCAGCUGGCUUUCCUCCGGGCCGUGGCUAAGACGGCCUUGCGGCUGGACACUCGUCUGGGGGCCGGUGCCUUUUUCCGGGCGCGGCUCCGGCGGCGCCUCGGGCCCGAGGCCCGCCCUCGAGGACCGGCCCAGGAUCGGGGCGGCCGAGGAGAGGGGAAGGUCGCCCUGAGCGGGAGCCGAUCGGACUCCCCGUGCCGUCCGGGCGCGUCGGCCGGUAAGCGGAGGCCCUGCGACACCUUAUCCGUCGGGGCCUGGUGGAGCCGAGGGCCAGGCCCGCCGGAGCCCCCCGCGGGGGGCCACCCCGGAGACGACGGUGGCGGCCCCGCGGCCCUCGCCGUGGACGGAGGGAUGGACGUCUGCUGCCGAGACCCCCCGGCGGAGCUGGCGGAGCGAGUGGCCGCCCUCGACGUGGACGGGGGGCGCCCGCGGGGGGCGGCCGGGGAUGGGGACGGCGGCCCGGGCUUCCCCGAGGGGGCCCGCCGGAACGGGACCGGCCGCGAGGCGGGGGGCGACCUCCCGGCCGCCCCCAGGAAGGCCGCCGGGCGCCCCGGCCUGUCCACCAGGAAGUUCUCGCUCCAGGAGCGGCCCUCCAGCAGCCCCCUGGCUGUGGGCUGGGGUCCCUACGCCACGGGACCGGUCGCUCGCGUCUCCCCGCGGGGCCAGCGGAGGCCCACGAUCGAGUCCACCCGGGUGUCCAUCUCGGACGCCGAGGACUGCAUCCAGUUAAACCAGUACCGGCUGCAACGCGAAAUCGGCAAGGGCUCUUACGGCGUCGUGAAGCUGGCUUACAGCGAGAGCGACGACAAGUAUUACGCCAUGAAAGUCCUGUCGAAGAAGAAACUCCUGAAGCAGUACGGCUUUCCACGCCGCCCCCCACCCCGAGGGUCCGCGGCAGGCCUGGCAGGCGGGCAGCCCAAGGCCCUGGGCCCCCUGGAGCGGGUGUACCAGGAAAUCGCCAUCCUGAAGAAAUUGGACCACAUCAACAUCGUCAAACUGAUCGAGGUUCUAGACGACCCGGCGGAAGAUAAUCUCUACUUGGUGUUCGACCUGCUGCGCCAGGGCCCCGUCAUGGAAGUGCCCAGCGAGCAGCCGUUCUCCGAGGAACAAGCCCGGCAGUAUCUCCGCGACAUCGUCCUGGGCCUGGAGUACCUGCACUACCAGAAGAUCAUCCACCGGGACAUCAAGCCAUCCAACCUCCUCCUGGGCGACGACGACCGCGUGAAGAUCGCCGACUUCGGGGUCAGCAACCAGUUCGAGGGCAGCGACGCCCAGCUGUCCAGCACCGUGGGGACCCCGGCCUUCAUCGCCCCCGAGGCCAUUUCGGAAAAACGCAAGAGCUUCAGCGGGAAGGCACUUGACGUCUGGGCCGUGGGCAUCACCCUGUACUGCUUCGUGUACGGAAAGUGCCCCUUCCUGGACGACUCCAUCCUGGCCCUCCACAAGAAGAUUAAGAACGACGCGGUGGAGUUCCCGGACCAGCCACUGACGAGCGGGGAGCUGAAGGAUCUGAUCCUGAGGAUGUUGGAUAAAAACCCCGAAACCAGAAUCACCGUUCCCAGUAUCAAGACCCACCCGUGGGUGACCAGGGGCGGAGAGGAGCCCCUGCCCCUGGAGGAGGAGCACUGCAGCCCCGUGGAGGUGACGGAGGAGGAGGUCAAGAACUCCAUCAAGCUGAUCCCCAGCCUGACGACCGUGAUCCUGGUGAAGUCCAUGCUGAGGAAACGUUCCUUUGGGAAUCCGUUUGAAGUCCAGGCCCGACGGGAGGAGCGCUCCAUGUCCGCCCCGGGAACCUUAUUAACGAAGGAAGCCGGCACGGAGGAGGGCCGGGACUCCGAGCUGCCCGACGUGCACGAAGACGAAACCGUGUCCUGAGCCGUCCCCGCACGCCCCGCGGUGACGCCCGCACCCUCCCCGGCCCCCCGCGCUCCGCCGCCGCUGUCGUCGAUGGUUGCGUGACCCUCGCCCGCAGAGGCCCGCCCGCCUCCGCCCGCCGCCGAGAACCGAAGCCCGUCGGCUGCCGGAAGUCGAAGCCCGCCCGGCGCCGACGGGGGAGGGGGCGGCCGGGGGCCGGAGCUCUCCGCCACGGGGCGGAGGUCGCCCCCGGGACCGGGCCACGUCCGACGGUGGGGCUCCGCCACCGGCUACUGACCGCCCGGGGGGGUGGCUGUGCCCGUACGGGGCUCUGCGUCCACCUCGGUGCGUCCGUGUGGGACCGUGCGCGUUGAUGUGUGGAUUUCUGGUACGCGUGGGUCUCUGGGCGUGUGUGAGUGUAUCUCCAUGACCCUGUGUGUGCCUGUGAGUGUAUGCGGUGUAGGCCCAGGCGUGACGUCGUGCGUCCGCGCACGUGUGCGUUGGGUGUGUUACCGCGGGAGUCUCUAUGCAACUGUGUGCGUGUGGGUGUGAGCGUGUUCAACCCGUGCCUCAGUCCAUCAGUGCUUAAGCCCGGGCGGGCCCGCCUUGGGCGGCCGAACCCCGGGUCGGGCCGGUGAGGCCGGGGCGGGGGGGGUUUCUGGAGGGCUCCGGCCGGCCGGGAAAUCCUCCUGACCGUUCGUGUCUGACCCCGGGGGGACGGCCGGCGGGGACGGGCCCCGCCAGAAGGUGGGGCGGUUCCGGACACGCCCGGCGAGCCCCGAAACCAAAAGCCUCCCCGGCCCCCGCAGGCUCCCCGGGAUCCUCCGGUCUGCGGGGAGCCCGGGCAGCCUCUCCCUCGCGCCCGCCCCUCUUCUGUGCUAGCACGGUUAUUUGGGGGAGGAAAGAGGAAUCUGCACUUCUCCCACCCCCCGCUGCCCGCCUCCCGGCUCGCGCGUGAAUUAGGGGAGCCUCGCAGGUAAGUACAGGAGGGUCGGCGGCCCGCCCACGCGUUCACCGACCCGCCUGAGCCGUCAGCGGCCGGCCGCCGCCACCCAACCGCCGCCCGGCGGCCCGCCGGCCGAGGGCCGGGCCCGUGGAGACGUCCGGGGGGCCCGGGCCCCCGGAACAGCCGGAAGGGAAAAGCUCCGGCCCGUGAAACGAGGGGAAGCUUCGCUUUGGAGUGCUCGUCCUUGCUCUCUCCUCAGUGCUCCCAGGGCAGGCCACCGGUCGGGCCUCCAGGUUAGAGAACGGACGACGGCUCAGGCCGCGGAACGCCGGCCCCCCUCCCCGGUCUGCCGGGGAGCCCGGGUUCCCCGAUCCCCCACCGGGACGGGGCUACGAAGAGGGGCCGAGCGAGACCCUCCGGGGAGGAAGGGGGCCGCCUCCCCGGGAAGCUCUUUCUGGAGAGAGGCGGCCCUGACGAGCGGGCGCGAGGCCGCCGCCUCCUUGGCUGGUCCUAACGUGGCCUUGGAGGGGGAGCAGGAGGAGGACUGGAGGAAAGGAAGGAGGGAGGGAGGGAGGGAGGGCAGAGAAGUGGCUGAAGAUGGAGCUCGGGACCCUCCGCGAUUUUCCCCCACGUAUACGUCUCGACCCUUCCCUCCCCGCCCCCUCCGCCGUGCUUUAGGGAGAUGGUCCCGGUGACCCCAGCCCUCAACAAAUCCUCUCCGAGCCGGGGGGGGGGUGAGGAACUGGGAAGCCACCCUACUCCUCCCCCCCACCCCCCCAGUCCACGGAAGAGCCAGCCCUCAGUUGCGAUUUACCUGUGACUGGAUCGUCCGGGCUGCCGGCCUCUCCUCCCCCGGGGUCCUGCUUGCUAGCCCCCCACCCUGGGCAACAGAGGAGAGAGGGCCGGGCAUUUUGGCGCAUGAAGCCCCCCCGCGUCUCCCUGCCGUGACGUGGCCGCGCCCUGCCGGCCGGCCGCCCCCCCCCCCACCAAGAGGGGCGCCCCGAAGCCUCGGCAUCCCUCCCCGUUGGCCCCCCACAGAAGUCUUCCAAGAUGGACCCCAAAAGGUGGGGAUUAGAGAGGUUCUGUCCCGUCUUGUCACUGGCAACGGUCAGGCAGACGCGGGCACGCGUGCCCACGCACACCCCCACAUCCUCGACUUGGGGCAGGGCGGAGCAGGCACACGACCCGUCGGCGCCUCUGCCCUCGGUUGUUCGGGAAAGGCUUUCCAGCGGCCGCCCCCGCCCCGGCCCCUCUGCCCAUCGUGUAUCGGCGAUCCCGUGUCGGCGGCCGCCCGCGGCCCCCGGCGGGGCGGCCUCCCGGUUGGAUUCCGCGGCCCCUCCAGCAUGCUGCGAAUGCCCCCCUCGCCCCCGGCCCCCCCAGGCCACGGUGACCCUGGACCUGUAAAUAUGUACCAUGAAGAGAGAGACUAUUUUUUGCAUGCUUUUUGUAUUGUAGAACUGAAAGGGGAAAUGUCAAUAAAAAGCCCGUCGGAGGUUCAGACCGAA